CGCAGUAGGCCUAUAUUCUGAAAGUUCAAAAUGUCUAAAGCCCCCAAAACGCAAGAAAUAUCCAAAGUUUAUGAGAUACCAAGCAUAAAAAAUGAACCUGAAAACGAUGAGCACAGCACUCCACCACCUAAGAAAGACUUCACUGCGCCAUCGGAUGGUGUUGUUUCCAUACUAAAAAAGCCAGCAGAAGUUAGCCCUAGUUUUGUUCGACUAAUGUAUGAGGCUGCAGACGAAAGUUCAGAAAAGAGAUCGGUUACUAUUUGUGAUGAGGAAAUGGUCAUUAUAGAUUUUCCGGGUAGACAGUUUGACUUCAGUACCGAAGAUGACAUUGAGGCAAACGAACAAUUGAACACACAUUCAAAAGUAGACGAUACACCUAACGGAGGAUGGGGUUGGGUGAUAACAGCAUCUGCAUUUUUUCUCAACGUAAUUAUCAUCGGGACUCACAAUAUAUUCGGAUUGCUGUUUCUUGACCUUGUUCACGAGUUUGGAGAAUCGCUAUUCAAAACAUCAACAGUUGGAUCGAUUGCUUUUGGAUGCAUAUUGAUAUUCGGACCAGUAGGAGGUAUCUUGUCCAACAAAUUUGGUUGCCGGGUUGUUGCCAUGGUGGGUGUUGGAGUGGCAACGAUGAGCUUGCUUUGGUCUUCAUUUGCUACAUCUAUCGAUAUGUUAUCUUUGACAUAUGGUCUCGGUUUUGGAUUUGGCACAAGUCUGAGUUAUAUGCAGGGUGUUGUUAUUGUGAGCAAAUACUUCAGUUCACGAAGAGCCUUCGCAACCGGAAUUGUCUUUUGUGGUAGUUCUCUGGGAACUGUAGUCAUGGCUCCUAUUUACAAUCUUCUCACGUACCAUCUUGGUUGGCGUAGCGCACUGAGAAUGAUAGCUGCGAUUGUAUCAAUAACUUUUCUAUGCGCUUUGACAUACAGGCCUCCAAAUUUUUGCGAACAGCCAGCGCCAACAAUUGAGGAAAGAAUUCAAAGAUCUCCCGCGAAGAGAUUCAUUAUGGACCUUUCUUUGUGGAAAAACAAAGCUUUUAUUAUCUGGGCCAUAUCGGUUGGUUUAUGCAAAUUGGGGUACUUGGUGCCGUUUGUGCAUUUGGUUAAACACGUUAACGAUAUCGGCGGUGAUCGUGAUUUUGGUUCGAGUAUGCUCAGUUUGAUGGGAAUCACGUCAGGUAUCAGUAGAUUGCUAUUCGGACACAUCGCGGAUUCACCAAAAGUUAAUCGAUUGUAUAUGUCACAACUAAGCGCACUUGUUAUGGGCUUGACGAACAUCAUAUUUCCAAGCAUUCCGUCGGAGGGCGGCGUUCUUGUAUACGUGCUUAUCUUGGGACUCGUAGACGGUGGAAUAGAGAUAUUACUUCCCGUGAUGACACUGGAUCUUGUUGGAAACGAAAAUAUGACAAUAGCAUGGGGAUGUCUUCUUGCUGUAAUAUCGUGUAGCGCUCUUGGGCCUCCAAUUGCGGGUGCUAUCCGAGAUAUAGAAGGAGAUUAUUCUGGAGCAUUCUACUUUGCUGGUUCUCCAAUGAUUCUUAGUACUUUUACAUUAUUCCUAAUUCCAUUGUGGGCACAAAAGCAAAGUCAACAGCCUGCUACAAGCUUUUUAUCAAUUGAUCCAUCGAAAUUAGAUAUUGACCCGACAGAAGAUGAUCUCAAGGCAGGCGAUACAGUUGAUCGGAAAUCAUUUCCCAGUAUUUGUACAAUUUUUCACUCUUCUAAAACCGAAAAGUAGAAAAAGCCUUUUCUAAACAUUUAUUCUAUUGCUAUAAUUGUUGAAUAAAUUCCGUAAAUCUCAACUUAAAUAACAAGGUUCAGACUCCACUAUAUAUGAAAUCGCAAUUUUUGCGACGCUUCCGCU